AUUUUCCAAAAGUGUCACCAAGUUGUGAACAGCUCAGAGCUUAUCAGUUAUCACACUCUUCUCUCAAGCUCCAAAUCCCAAUAAACUCUCUCUCUCUCUCUGGAGAGAUUGUGACUUCUUCCGAAUUCUUGAAAAUCCAUAAAAAGAGGGAGAGACUGAGCAGAAACAUAGCUGAAAAAAUGGUGAACUUGUAUGUGAAUUUGUUUGUAAUGUGUUCUGUUGUUGUUUUGGCUCAUGGGUCAUCAAGAAAUCUUCCAAUUGUUUCAUUUGAAGAAGGGUACUCACAGCUCUUUGGUGAUAGUAAUCUCAUGAUUCUUCAAGAUGGAAAAUCAGCUCACCUUUCUCUUGAUGAAAGAACAGGCUCUGGAUUUGUAUCUCAUGACCUCUAUAAACAUGGAUUCUUUAGUGCUUCAAUUAAGUUACCAGCAGAUUACACAGCUGGGGUGGUUGUUGCAUUCUAUAUGUCGAAUGUAGACAUGUUUGCAAAGAACCAUGAUGAGAUUGAUUUUGAGUUUUUGGGGAAUAUUAGAGGCAAAGAGUGGAGACUUCAGACCAAUGUUUAUGGAAAUGGAAGCACAGGUGCAGGCAGAGAAGAAAGAUACGGUCUCUGGUUUGACCCUUCUGAUGAUUUUCAUCAGUACAGUAUAUUGUGGAGCAAAGAUAGAAUUAUCUUUUACAUAGACAAUGUUCCUAUAAGAGAGGUCAAGAAGACAGAAGCAAUGGGUGGGGACUUCCCUUCCAAGCCAAUGAGCUUGUAUGCUACUAUUUGGGAUGGAUCUAAUUGGGCUACAAAUGGAGGUAAAUACAAGGUCAAUUAUAAAUAUUCCCCUUACAUUGCCGAGUUCUCCGAUUUCGUGCUUCACGGUUGUGCCGUUGAUCCCAUCGAGAUGUCGACCUCAUGUGAUACUGCGCCCAAGUCUCAAUCUGUUCCUACAGGUACAACAAAAGAAAGUAGAACUAAAAUGCAGAACCUGAGGAAAAAAUACAUGCAGUACUCCUAUUGUUAUGAUACAACUCGAUACCAGGUUCCACCUUCUGAGUGUGUAAUCGAUCCACUUGAGUCCGAGAGACUUAGAGGAUUCGACCCGGUAACAUUUGGUACAAGCCACCGCGGGCAUGGUAAAAGACAUCACAACCGCCGAUCAUACCGUCAUGGAAUAAACUCUGUUUAGACACUUUAAAUUGCAUUUUGCCCAGUGAUCACGGUUGCCACAGUCAUGCGAUAUCUUUUUUUAUGUAUAUAGAUAAAAAACAGAGAGCAGAAAAGCGUGUAUUGAUUAAUUGAUCGGGGUGAGGAGGGGCCGAGGGGGGUUAUGUAUAUUUUGCAUAUCUUGAGGAUUGUGGCCAUGAUAUUGUCUGUUACUCUUGUUGUAUUUGGGCUGGUUGGAUUGAUGAAUUAUGAAAAUAUGCACACACCCUCUUUGUUUUCAA